AUGAUUCUUAGCUACGUUCUUGCCGCUGGAUUAUGGAUCGUGGGCUACACCUCUUUAGCAAGAAAUUCUGGUGAUUGGACUGUCUCUCUUAGCAAGCUAGAGGAUGCCUCUUCAAUGGGCCCGUAUCAUCUCUUGCUGCUAUCAAGCAGUUUCUACGCAUUUGCAGUGCUUCUAACAUUCUUUGAAGCCUCGCAUCUUCUCCAAGUUGACUCAACUUUGGGACUGCUGCACCUGUCCCUUAUGAUGAUGACCAAGGAUAUUGUCAGAUUUUUCGCGCUCUUUGCCCUGAAUUUUUGCGCGUUUGUUCUUGCCAUGAGGAAACUGUACUCUCAGUACGUGCAGACUUCGGCACAAGUUGCCAAGAGCAGGAACGACACUAUCACAUCCCACCCUUUUGAAAGGUAGGAAACAGAGACAAUGUACAUCUAAUUCCAAAAUAAUGGCAAUAUAACCUUUCCCACGCUCCUGCCUUUCCUUUUUUGGUAUGUUAAUUAACACUGUUUGUCUCGAUUACUUCUGCCGAAUAACGUUUCUCCUUAAACUUUACACUGAUGGCCACUUAUCAUAAGAUAAAUAGAAAAAGAUGCUUUCAUUUUUAUUGAUUUUCAAUAUUAAUCAAUUAACUGUUAUUGAUUUUAUUGACUAUUAUUGAUGUUAUUGAUUAUUGAUUUUGCUUGAAUGGUAUCGCCGAGAACAAACGCAUCGGCCUUGAAAUCCCUGCAAUGUUUACGUUUCAUCACAGGAAAGAGUCAAAGAUACCGAAACUAAGAGAACUAUAUGAAUGGCAAGGAGGGUAAAGAAGAUAAAGAGGCUUAGAACACAGUAUCAUUUUCGUAUAUCAUUGUACAAAGCUGUUGACAAAAACUUUAGAGAUUACUCGAUUGAUGUAAUGUUACUGUAUUUUAGUUUUGCUUAAAUUGUGCCUGUGUACUGAUAAUAUCGUUAUAUCGGGAAGGUUUUGCGUUCGUUCCGCUGAAUUCUAAUUAAAUCGGGAAUAUCGUUGUAUCGGGGUUCUGUUUCAUGCAUUUUACUGUAACUCUUGCGGGAACAAACGUUAUUAACCUGGAACAUCGUUAUAUCGAGGAUCGUUAAAUCGCGGUUCCACUGUCAUGUGAACUAACAGACAGCUUGUACGUGUUCUUUUAACAGAAUCGAGGGAACCGUGGACACAUUGUUUUGGGCAUUGUUCAGACAUGUCGAAUUUUCUGCUUUUAAAACGAACGAGAACUCAGAGAUUACCAUGGUUACAGGACAGAUUUUGUUCGCAGUAUACAGCCUCGCUUCCAUACUGGUUGUACUAAACCUACUGAUCGCUAUGCUCAAUAACUCAUACAAGAAGGUUGAUGUAAGUGCAAUGUUGUGUCUACACAAAUCGGUUUAUAAUACAAUUGUAAAACGCAUACAAACUAACGUGACAACGGCUGGGUCACACGAGAACAGUAUAAUUGAUACUGCGCCAACAUCCCUUUCUACCAAAAGAGGAUAAAGGGGACAGAGAAGGCAUCCCCCAUACACACCCUAUUCCAUAGGUAAUUCGUCUAGAGUUAUUUUUAGUAUCGGGAUAAAGUUACCUCGCGCGCUGCGUGGAUGUUUCGCGGAGGUUUCGCACGACUAAACACCGUGCAAAACAUGUCGGGCGAAAGGCAAUGAAAGCCUAAAGAGAUCGAGAGCAUUUCUGAAUAUUGAAGCGAAAUGAGUCGGCGCUCAUCUGGGAAAAGGGAAUCGCUGUACUCUUUGACAACCCGUGAAAUCAGUUUAACUCGAAGUUGUCGUAACUUCAGUGCUUUAAUAAAAUGAGAAAUUUCGCCGGUCUAUUGAAACCGGUCGUUUGUAUAAUAAAGCAAGUAGGACGCCAAAUGUUAUUUUCGUUAAAUAAUAAAAGACUAAUAAAAGAAUAAAUAUCAAACCAGAAAUUGCUCUCUUCAAACUGUAAAUUAUAAAUGAUCCUGAGACAAUAUUCAGUGUGUUAAGGAUUUCCCUGCUGUACUGUUAGCUCUAUACAAGAGAGGAAGAGCGAUUCUUUUUUAAUUUCCGUUUCGCUGACACAGCUUUAGAAGAAAUCUCUCUUUAGUCGUUUUCUUCGACAAAACAAAUAGCAAUAUCGCUCUCCGCGUCUUCCGCCAUUUUUUUCUGCGUCAAUUCGCGAAGGACGCGUGGCUCUGAGCGCGGGUCAUCCACGCGGAACACAUUCGCGCUAUGUGAUUGGCUAGAACAACGUGAUUGGCUGUUGUCUAAUCCCCCCUUGAGAUCUAUGGUCUUAAAAAUAACUAGAGACGAAUUACCCAUGGAAUAGAGUGUGUAUGGGGCUAUUGCUUUCCACCCAUAAAAGGAGAAGUUUGCAUGUAAUAUCACACUGACACGUACAUACAUAGCAUAGGUAAAUAUUGCAACCGUGAAAAUAACAAUAAUAAAGAAAAGUGAUUAGCUUACGAAAGGAUAAGAAAACCUAUCAUAAGGACUUUUGUUUUAUGGCCAUCGGAGUGGCGUGACGUAUCGUAUGCUAGUCAACAUACAUUUUAAAAAGGGAUCUAAAGUGACCGUUAGAGAUUAUGACGAGAGUAUUUACACAAAAUUUACAAGGGGUUGGGAAUGAGAUUAAGAAUUCAAAAUUCUCAGUGGGCUUGUAUAUGUCAGAGGGUUAAAACUUUGGCCGGACUUCAGCCCACGCCAAAACUGAACGCCUUCUCAUUUUGAAAGUGAUUUGCGUUCUGAAGUAUUCUGAAAUAAACUGAGCUUAAUACUGUGUGAUAAAUGAUAUCAGGUAUAUUACGUCUGAAGAGAUUUAAUUCAGUCGCUUCCAAAUCCCAGCAUGUUUAUAUUACACAGUGCAGUUUUCUUAUACAACACUCGCUGGAGAUCGAUACGACAUCUAGAUCUGAAGAACUUUGCCUUAAAAUUACCUUGAUGGUAAAAGUAUUUCAUACCUCUAUAUUUGCCUUCUUUUAGAAAGAGAAGGGCACUAAAUUCAAGUUUGCGAGGACGCGUAUCUGGAUGUAUUACAUCAGUAAAGUCAGUCCUCUCCCACCGCCAUUUAACCUGAUACCAGUAGAAAAUUGCCUCCGCAGUCCGUUGGCUUGCUAG